UAAACGUCACUUACUUACUACUUACCUACAACAACUUACUACCGACCGGAAGUACCUAAAGGGAAGGCCUGAAGAAGAAUGAAUACUGUGAUUAAACAAAUCAAAAGGUGUUUUACCAUCUAUACAGCAUUAUUUAUAACACUGAUUACAUCGCGGUUUGCUCGUGCGAUUCACACGCACUGCGAGCAGGAGCGACUUAUCGAAUGCGCCAAGCCGAUUUCGCUGAUUACUGAAUCCGGCAUGACAUUCGUCUCCAACCGCACGGACCUAGAAAGAGUUUGCCCAGACUUAAAAGGCGCUAUAAGAUGUAUCCACUCCUAUACACGCAUGUGCAUGAGUAUGCACCACCGGAAACACUUCAACAAACUCUUCCAAGGCACCAGCAUGGUGGUGCGCGAAUUAUGCGACAACGCCACCUAUCAAGAGGAGUACCUCAAGUAUGUGCCCUGUAUGAAGCAAGUGGCGGAUAAGAAUCAGGUCUGCUUCGAUCGCUACUCGCAAGCGAUGAAGGAAAUCCAGGGACGGCCGCGAAUUGAUGAAGUCGCCGUCGAGGAUGUGCCCGCUGUCGAUAUGGUUGAAUAUCAACGCAAGAGGAAGCGUCAAAUCGCCGACGAGGGCAUCAAGAAUGUUUGCUGCACCUUCCAAGAAUACGUUGAAUGCUCAACGGAGACAACGGAACGUGCGUGCGGUGCGCCCGCCGCUGAAUUUAGUCGGAACUUCCUCGACAGGAUGUCCUCGGCCAUGAUCAAGAACCACUGCUCGGAGUACAGCUCGGCGCAGUGCGGAUUGGCGUCCGCUUCGAGUUCGGCGUCGCUGUCGGCGAGUUUCUUCGGCAUGCUGACGGCGCUGAUCGCCGCCGGCCUGCGAUACACGCUUAUCAGCUGAAGUGAUUCCGACUGGAAGUUUCCACACCGACGCCACCGCAUGAACAAACUGAACGCGCUCGCCACGUUCGGCUCGACUCAACCAAGACUGAUCUUAGCUUAUUAUAUUCGCGGCGCACGCAUCGAUCCUUCAAAGUGCGCUUUGUUAAUUAAUUCCUAGUGAAGAUUCAAAUAUCUAUUUAUUAAUUUAAAGCAAUUGUAAUAUAUAUUUCGUAGUGCAAAUGUUGUAAUACUAGGGCGCAAUAGGUUGGAAUUUAUUUAUUUCUUAUUUAAACAUGGAAAACGGAAAGGAAAGGAAAAAGAUUGUCUCAAACAUGAAUCUCAUUCAAAACUGAAACACUGUAUCUAAACAAAUAAACUAAUAAAUUUAAAAAAA